CUUUUUUUCUUUUUUCUUUUUUCUUUUCCUUUUCUUUUCUUUUUUCUUUUCACUUCAGGUCAUCCGUUCCCAACUCCUCAACCCCUCUUAAUCCUCCAUAUUUUCUUUUCUUCUCUCUUUGUUCAACAACAUCUUUGCCGGCUCGAUUCGAUCCAAUUGACUGACCGUUCGAUCAAGAAAUUGUUAAAGAAAGAGUUACUACUGAUACAAGAGAAGCAACAGUAGCCACCAUGUAUAAUUAUUUCAGGAGACCAUCAGAAUACUAUCGCAGGGCUCGAUGGUCCUACCCAGAUACUCUCCGUGUUCGCGGUUCGGUCAUCCCCACUGUCUUGACAGACGUGCUGAUCAUCACUUCGUUCACGGCCACCAUCCAGUACGUUGACAGUCUGCGUAUCCUGCCCUUCCGUCUGGUCUUCCCUAGUGUUAUUGCCCCUGCUCUGGGUGUGGUCGUCGGUUUGAUUUUGGCCUUCCGUACCAACACUGCAUAUGAUCGUUUCUGGGAAGGUCGUAAGCUCUGGUCUGCUCUCGAUGUCCAGAUCCGUAAUUUCUCGCGCAUGAUCUGGGUCGGUAUGAAGGAGACCCGCCACACUCCUGGCGCCACCCCUGGUGGUGCCAGCACUGUUUCUCUCACGGCCGCUGCAAAUUCAAAUACCCCCCCUGCUGCUUCUGCCUCUUCGAAUGGUAGUACUUCCAUUGGUGCUCACCUGUUUGGUCGUUCUCCCAAGCCCUUGCCUCGUGAUCCCAAGGCCCCUCAUAACGGCGUUCCAGAUCCCCAUGGCGAUGAUCAUGAGAAGGUAUUGGUGAUCCGUUUGUUGUUGGCUUAUGCUGUUGCGGUCAAGCAUCAUCUUCGUCAGGAAUUCGGUGUCCGUUACUACGAUCUUGAGUACCUCUUGCCUGAGGGCUUUGUUCCCUGUGCUGCAACAGACCAUGUGGAAAUUAAGGUGGUUCACGACAAGGCUCUGGGUGAUCGUCACCGCCACUACAACGAAGAUCCCUGGACAAUCCACUCUGGAAAUGACAAUGGACAGAUGUCGCUCCCCCUCGAGAUUGCCUAUGCUCUUUCGCUCUGGGUCAUCAGCGAGUCGCGCGCAGGCAGGAUUGAGAGCUCAUUGAUUGGAAACUUGUUGGGAUCUAUUAACAGCAUGACGGAUAUCUUUACCAACAUGGAGCGUAUUGUCUUUACGCCUAUUCCUUUGGCCUACAGUAUUCACUUGCGUCAAGUUGUGUACCUUUACUGCUUGGCUUUGCCUUUCACCUUCAUCGAACUCUUGGGUUGGCACACCGUUGCCCUGAUGGCUCUUGUCUCGUUUACCUUGUUCGGUAUGGAGGGUAUUGGUACGGAGAUUGAGAAUCCUUUCGGUAAGGAUGCUAAUGAUUUACACAUGGACGACUUUUGUAGAGAGCUCAAGCACGAGCUCGAGUACAUUGUCAACCUCCGCAACACUGUUCCUGGUGCUCAUGUUUAACAAAGAAAACAUAAGCAGGACCAAAGUGUUUUCUUAGAAUGUUUUAAAUAAAAAAGUAAAUAUGAAAAAAUAAAUAUUAAAAUACAUUUAGCCAGA